AUGGUCCCGUCCCAUUCCAUCAACUCGAUUCAGGCUGAGCCUCAGCCUGACAACGAUGAGCACGAGCUACAGGUGGGCGCCAUCAACGAGUCGAUCAAGAAGAUCAAGGACGACAUCGAAGUCUUGCGGGCCAAGAUUGACGAGGCCAGCGAGGCCCGCAGGGGGCAGGGGGACGAGAUGGGGGAAGCACGCGCAGUGAUGCGUGCCCUGAAGGAGGAGAGGGAUGAGAUCAGGAGCCAUCUGGACACGAUGCAGGCGGACAGCGCCAGAGCGAAGGCGGCUCUCGAGGGACAUGACAAGAGCCGCAGGGCUCUCCAGUCCAGCCUCAAGUUCAAGACUGUCGGGGAGAUCGAGACUCCCUUCCGGCAGAUGGAAGCUCCCCAGCAAACGAGCUCCAUGUCCCUGGCCGAGGAGAAGAAGCUGAUCAAGGAGAUGGAGCAGCUCAAGACCUCCAAGAAGACCGCCGCCCAGUUCAUGUCCCAGGAGGAGAUGGUGAAGGGUGCCAAGGAUGGGUACGGUGCGGCUCGCAAGACGGAGUCGGAGAAGAAAGCCGAGCUCCGGGCGGUGCAAGAGAAGCUCAAGGCUGCGUUCACGGUCCUGGAGGAGAUGGGCGCCAAGCGCGACGAGGAGGGCGGCGGCGUGAAUGCGCUUUACGAGCAGAAGAAGGCCCUCCACGAAGAGAUCAACGUGAAGAUCGAGGAGAUCAAGGACCUCCGUUCUGCUCACCGCGCCAAGCUCGACCACUGGUAUAACUGCAGGCGCGAGCGCACGAAGUUCAAGAGAGCUUUGCACAAGGCGGAGUGGUUGGAGAGGGUGGCGGCGAAGAACGCUCACACCAAGGCGCUCGAGGAGGAGGAGGCUAAGAAGAUCCCGUACGAGUCGGAGAUAGUGUUGUGCGACACCCUCGUCUCCUACCUGGAGACCACGUUCAUGAACGUGAAGGGCGAGGCGCCCAAGGCGGCUGCCGUAGUGGCGCCGCAGGCAGCCACCAACGAUGAGUUCAAAGGCAUGAAGAUGGUCAUGAAGAAGCGGCAAGACGAGGAGUUCAUCGUCAUGGGAGGCGGCAGGAAGAAGGGAGGUGGCAAGAAGAAGGCCGGCGGCAAGAACGCUGCGGGCGGCAAGAACACGAUCGUGCAUGCCAUCGACACCAUGGAGAGCUUCUCGAUGCUAUCAAUCGCCCCUCCCCCGAACAAGGCGGCGGUGCCGGAUGCCAUCAAGGCUCUCAAGGAGAAGAAGGCUUGGUUUGCCGAACAGCCCCGUCCAACCGCCACCACUGCCAAGCCUGCCCAGGUGGGCGAGAAGUCGAAGAAGGCUGCGAAGGUGAAGGCGAAGGCCCCCGACAUCAACGACGAAGAGUUCCCCGGUCUGCCUGGAAUGGCUUCCAAGCCUAAGACAGACGAGGCGGGCGAUGGGGAGGACGGGGGGGAGGGGGAGACCGCCAACGGCGAUGCCGAUGCUGCUGGGGACGGUGACGGGGAAGACAAGGCCGAGAAGGUGGCGCCCCCCACUGCCGCGAGCAUCGUGGCCAACGGGGUGACCGGUAAGGCCGCCGCUGAGCCCGAGCCGGCUGCCGAGGAGACCCCCGCCCCCGCUGAAGACGCGCCCGAGGCGGAGGGGGCCAAGGAAGAUGGGGAGGACAAGACCGCUGAGGUGGUGGCUGCGAAGGAGGAUGAGGAGGACGCCGCAGCCCCUUCCGCAGACGUUGAGGACAAGGAGGCCGAGAAGGCGGAGGAAGCAGCCGACACGCCGGCGGCGGCCGAAGCCGAAGCGGAAGUCGCGAAGAAGGACGACGAGCCUGCUGCCUCUGGGGAGGGCGCGGAGGAGACCAAGGAGGGGGGUGCCAAGGAGGAGUAACGGCAGGGGGCGCCGCAGAUGGUAGCGAAGACCCCCCCCCGCGCGCUUGGGGUAGGGCCGGGGCCUCGGGGCGAAGGAUCUAAGCUGGCUUUUGUUUUGGCAAAGAAAUGCAGUGUUGCCUAAAUGCUCGUAUAGGUGGUGGGCACUGUCGUAUCGUGCUUGAUUGGGGGGGGAGGGGGGGUUGUGGCUCACCUUCGUGUGUCUGCUGUGCUCUUGAGUUUUUGCGGUGAUGCGAUUCAAAUCGCCGGAAAGUUGGGCAGGUUGGCUAUUGUACGGCGGUGUCAGCGACAAGGCGGUUGAAUGAACUGAAAAUGAAUCCGUGUCCUUACGAGGAAACUACAGCAGACUCAUGCUUUGUUUUCCUAGAAGCUUCCUGGAAGUCUCCUGGGCGGUCGGCCGUGACGGGGGUGCCGGGAUGGCGGGUAACCAGUCUGUGUAUUGUGCUUGGCCCUUGAGUGGAUAAAAGUUGUGUGUGUAGGUUGUUAGGAGAAAGCAAGCAAGCAAGAGAGGGAGAGGGAGAUGGAAGCUAAGGGGAGGAAGGGUGCACCGUGAUGUGGGAUAGCGAGUGGUGGGUCAAAACGUGUGACGAGUACAACGCCAUGAUGCCGUAUGUGGUAGGCGUCGAAGUUUGUCUCUCGCGCAAUCGGCGGGCACUGCUGGCAUCCAAGUUUGUGUGCAAGCAGCGGGCUCUCUCCCUGCCCAGGGCAGGUGGGUGGUGCGCGGAAGGGAGGAGGGAGACACUGCUUCAUUGCCGCUCCGCACUGUACUGCACCAUGAACAACCGCCCUCUGGUUGUAUGUGCAGUUGGCAGUGGCACUGGUGCCGCGGCUUGCAGAAGUGAUAGUGGUCCGUCUGCCCAUCGGUAGCGCGUUGGAUGCUGCCUGUAAGCAACGCUCAAAGGCUGGUGGAGGGCUUGAUACGAUGUCGCUGUCGAGGAGACAUUUAGAUGAUGACCAGGCGUGGUGCUCGUGGUCCGCUACAGUUUUUUUUUUUUUUUGCCACAUGCAGGCGAUGCCUUUCCAGCGGGAGAGAGGGACGGGUGCGUACGUUCGCUUUCGUCCUUCUGUUCAGUUCGAAAGCAGACGGACAGACCUGCAAAUCACGUCGAACGUAUUUAGGUCGCGCCUCCGUUUUUGUUGUAUUUGGCUUCCCCAAAGUACUUGGGGGCGCGGCCUGCCUUGCCCCGUCUAGCGCCGCACCUAAACCGGAACCAACCAGUGCUCACGUGCAAGUUUAGAUGUGCACGGUGACGGUGGCGCGGAGAUCUCAUUGGUGUGUUCGUUUGGAGAUGUUGGAGGUGCGAGAUGUGGGUUUGAUUCUGGCGCGGUUUCCUCCGUCUCUCAUGGCUGCUGUUUAGCUGCGCGAGGCUUUGGUCUGUAGCUCACGCUCACCUGGCACCCUCUUGAGCGCGUUGUGCCGACGAAAAAGUUUGAAGGACAAAGCCGAAAGGAGGAUUGUAGCGUAGUGUAGCAGGGCACAGCAGCAGUAGUGCGUUGGGGCUCUCAGAUUCCCGGGAUUUGGAUGAGAGCCUCUUUGUGCUGCGAGCGGAAAAGGCAGCGGCUCGCUCGUCUUGCCACAGGGCGCGUUGCGACUCAAGUGUCAGCACCGUUCAAGGGACGUACUAUUAGUUAUAGACAAGGGCGACCACCUUGAUUAAACCGGUGGGGAUAUUCGUUUAUGUCUCUUUUUUUUUUAGGACGGAGUGGGGGGAAGGUAUUCGACCCCUCUCGUUUGUCUGGCGAUGAACCCUUCGCUCCUGUUUGUCGCGCAAUCCCUUGUUUCCCGUGGUACUCCCGGCUGCUGCUCAU